GCCUUUUAGACCCUUCACGUGUCUGUCAUGCCAUUCAUCCCCAUUUCAUCAUUGGCAGGGUUCCAAGCUUGUCACACUUACCGUCUUGCUCGGCUGUCGCUCACGCUCUUCAGUAACAAGAUCCUGUCAACAAGCGUUAGUGUUACGAAUCGAAUUUCGUUCAGGAUCUCAAACUUCAGCGAAAACAAAUCUGACACAUCCUGUGAAAUGAAACCAACUGCUCUUCUCACACGAAAAGAUGUCCCAGAGGAAAUAUUGUCCCAGAUGAAACAGAAGCUGUACAAUAGGCAAUCACCUGGAUGGAAUGUAUCAAAGGCUGGACUUGGAGGUGUGGGAUGGAGAUCAGCCAAUCCCUCGUGAGGAAUUGUUGAAGAGGGUCCCUGGGAAACAAGGCAUCCUCUGCCUCAUCACAGAGAAAAUUGACUCCCAGGUCCUUGAUGCAGCAGGGUCAUGCCUGAAGGUGGUCAGCACAUUCUCUGUGGGGACAGAUCAUAUAGACCUUGAAGCAGUGAAGGCAAGAGGGAUUAAGGUUGGUUACACGCCAGGAGUUCUCACUGAUGCUGUUGCAGAAUUGACCCUUGGUCUCACUCUUGCCACUGCUCGUCGCUUCUUCCAGUCACAUCGCGAGAUUCUCAGUGGGGGAUGGGAGAAAUCUGCUUGGAGUCCACUUUGGAUGUGUGGGAAGCAGCUUCAUGGCUGUACAGUUGGAAUAGUUGGUCUUGGGAGGAUAGGCUUUGCCCUUCUCUUGAGGCUCAAGGCCUUUCAGGUCAAGGAUAUCCUUUACACUGCCCGCUCGCCAAAGCCACAUGGUGAAGCAGAAGGAGGGAAGGAGGUGAAAUUUGAGGAGCUUCUCCAGAAGAGUGAUUUUGUCAUCUGCACUUGUGCACUCACUCCUGAGACACAGGGCAUGUUUGACAAGAGAGCUUUUCAACUUAUGAAGCCUUCUGCAGUCUUCAUCAAUAUCAGCCGUGGAGGCUUGGUAAAUCAGGAUGACUUGGUGGAAGCAUUGAAAGGAGGUGAAAUUUGGGGAGCAGGGCUUGAUGUCAUGACACCUGAACCUCUUCCCUCUCAUCACCCCUUGCUCCAACUAGCCAACUGCACUGUGAUCCCCCACAUAGGGAGUGCAACCGAGAAGACUCGCCUAGAUAUGGCUCGCUUGGCUGCAGAGAAUCUCAUUGCUGGGAUCAAAGGCACUUCAAUGCCUGCUCAACUCCUUUGAGUUUCACCUCAACCAUAAAGUCAAUGCUAUCAUCCUGAUAUCUUCAGUGACAUGUUUGAAUUCCUUUUUCCAUUAAAGAAAAAUGUGAAUGUGAAAUCCAUCAAGGAGU